AUGGAUGGGGAGUGCGAUACUGUAUGCUCAGUGGGCCUAGGGGCCCCAGUGGCCCUAGAAACCCCCAUUACCAUGGCUGAGUGGCCCCGGCCCCAGUGGACCUCUUAUCACAAUACCCAUCCCAACAACUGCCAGGAUGUGGGCAACUCCAUCCUCCUGCUGCUGGGCCUCAUCAUCUGCAUUAACAUCAGCAUCAAUAUGGUGACGCUGCUCUGGCACAGACUUCGUGGCGUCUUACACCAAAUGUUCCAUAUUAUUUGUGAGAAAGAGGUUAAGACUUCCUCACCUGAGAAAAAGGAGCCGCCCCCGGAGAAGACCCCCACUGAAGUCCACCUUCGGUGUACCAUGGACCCCGUGAAAAUGACUCUGACCCCCCCACCUACUGGACACCAUCAUCACCAUCACACCCACCACUCCAAAUCUCAGGUCCUCGACACUGAGGAGGACGAGGAAGAGCCCGAGGAGGAAGAGGAGGAGGAGGAGGAAGAGGAGGAGGAGGUGGUGCUGGCGGAGGAAAAACCCGCACACCUGCACCCAACAUUCUGUUCCCACAACUGGAAUGGCCCCCAGACCUGGGGAGGCUGCCAAACCACCAAGGAAUUUUGGGUUCCCUGGGACCCAGAUGCUGCACAGCCACUGCCCCAGACUAUUCACUUCCAGCAGACCGUAGUGGAGAGGUGCCCCAAAGCAGACAGGCAUUCAGAAUUGGACCUAGAGGCCUAUGUAUACCCUGUGAAUCCCCCACCUCCCAGUCCCAGGAGCCUGAGCCACAAUAACGGUGGAGGGGGGUCAAAGGAAGGGGCAGGAGGGGGCGCUGAGGCAGAGCAGGAGCCUAGCUCGCAGGCCCCACCUGCUGUGCCACCCAACCAGGGCCCAGCAUAUGUCCCCGAAAUUCCACGAUGCCACUCUGCAGCCCGAAUAGAGUAUGAUGCCCGAGAUGUGAGGCGGCGGCUUCGGGAGCUGACCCGGGAAGUGGAGGCCAUCACCCACUGCUACCCUCUGGCCUCCAAUUCCAGCACAGUUAAGAAUGGCAAAGAAUGGGCAUACCACUCCCUGACAGAUGACUGGGAGAAGAAUAAAAAAGAAGAGAGGUGA